GUAGUGCACUGGAACAGCUGGCAUCCUCUCUGCACAUAUUCACAUGCUGAGUAGCCGACCUGCUGUUGCUGCAGCAGCAUCAUCCUCUUACGCACCACAAACACAGCGAGCAACUCUUUGAAGGGCUUGUUCGUUUGGAUUUUGCAUGGAUGCUCCUUUUUGCUACGACAGAGAGUAACAGAGGUCUGCAGGCUCUAUGGAGGUGAUGAAUGAACAGGCAGUGGUCCACGUCCCAGCUCCAUCACACCGGGGCCCAGGUCACCACACAGCCCUGCACCGAGCUGCCACGGUGGGGAACAGCGAUGCCAUGGCUGCUCUGGUUCAGGGAGGCUGUGCUGUCGACCUGCAGGACAGAGAUGGUAACACUGCGCUGCAUGAGGUGUCUUGGCAUGGAUUCUCUCAGUGUGUCAAACUGCUGGUCAAAGCAGGAGCUGAUGUACACGUCAGGAACAAGGCAGGAAACACAGCUCUUCACCUGGCCUGUCAGAAUGCACAUGCUCAGACCGCUCACCUUCUGCUGCUUGGAGGAUCCACACCGGACACCAAGAACAAUGUGGGUGACACCUGUUUACAUGUGGCUGCUCGCUACAACAACCACACCCUGGUAAAAAUCCUGCUGAGUUCACUGUGCUCUGUGACAGAAAGAAACCAGGGAGGGGACACAGCUCUCCAUGUGGCUGCUGCUCUGAAUCAUAAGAAGACAGUUCAGCUCUUACUGGAGGCAGGGACUGAUGGGAAAAUCAGAAACAAUGCAGGGAAAACAGCACUUGACAAAGCCAGAGACAACAAUCAUAAAGAUGUGGCACUUCUCCUGGCCAGAGCUCCUCAGGUACACCGCUUCAUGCGAGGAAGAACAAUAAGGAAACAAAGAGAAAGACUGAUAGCCGAGCGCAGGACCCAGUCUGUCACCAGAGUAGAAAUGCUGCCCAACAAAGACAGCAGCUCAGUGGUGGAGGAAUUUCAAGGCAGUGAACAAACGGAGAGCAGACCUGCUGUUAAGGUGGGUCAUCAGCGACGACAGCAGCAGCAGCAGCAGCAGCAGCAGCAACAGCAUUACCACCAGAAGCCAGCCACCCUCAGCAGCCCCUACAGCCCCUGCAAGAGGAGAAGAGUCAAGAAGCAGGCUUUGGAUGAGGACGAUCUGAGAAGAGGCAAGAAUGACUUCCACACUGCGAGGGAUCCGCUCUGUGAUGAUGGUGAAGACAGUUCUACUCAGGAUUUAAAAACCUAUCAGCUCUACACACUGUAUCGUGACAAGGACGGCAACAUUAGACAGGCACCAACCAAUGGAUGCCACUGUAAGCACCUACUGAAGAAGCUGGAGGGUCAACUGAAAGCCACACAGGAGGAGAUGAGGCUGCACAUUCUGGCCAUCGAGGAGCAGGUCAACAGGAGAAUGGACAAAAUGGACCAAAGGAACAGGCACCAGAUUAAAGUGUUGAACAUGCUGAAUCAGGAAAGAGCAGAAGCAGAGAGGAAGAAGAUGUUGUACAUGAUUGAGCAGAGAGCUGCUCAGCACAGAGAGGAAGCUCUGAGGACACAGCAGGCAGCAGUGAGUCAUGAACUGAAGAGAUGGUGUAUGUCUCGCUUAAAGGAUGUGGAUGUCCACACAGCCAAAGCCCAGUAUUACAAACUCCUCCCCUCACCGUCUGUGGAACAGUCUGUGGCAGAUGCUGAUCUGGAAUCACUCCCCCUGCUGUCUGUGGUAUCUGCAGACAGCAGCACCUCACUGGCUAACUACGUCAACAUCCUGCCAUCCAAAUCUGCUUACAGUCUGGGAAGCCUAGAGCAGGAGCAGACAGGGAGGAGGACAUACUUUGAAAUGAGAGCGGACAGGUCACCAGAUGAUUAUGAGAACACAGCCCUGUUUCCUCUGCCUGCCGACCACGCUUCAGGCCUCCCGCUGGGCUCUGCUGACCCCCUCUGGCAACCUCCAGGACUGCAGGACAGUCCCAUAGCAGCAGUUGUGCCGCUGCACGGGGAGGGCCUCUCAAGCAGCAGCAGCCAGUCCAGUAUCAGCAACCAGGGACCUAGACUGAUCCCACAUGAGGAAAACAGCUAUGGCAGGCAACGUGGGAAACACUUUGGAGAGCUGCUGAGUGCCCACAGGUACGCAGAGAUCCACACCGACAGCACCAGAACGCUGGAGUUCUUCAUCAACCGCCCCACUGAGCCCACAUUCAGCCAGGAGAGGAAGAACCUGCAUGCUGUGGAGGUGACUCAGCGUUUCUUUGAGACGGUGACGACUCAGUUGGAGCGUUGGUACGAGAGGAAGCUCGUGGAGGUGGAGCAGCAGACAGAAGACAGAGCCCGGCAGGACAGGAAGGAGCUGCUGCAGCGAAUCGGCAUGCUGGAGGAGGAGCUUCACAGGCUGAAGACCAAUGAGAAUGCAGAGAGCUGACAUGCCCUGAGAGCAGACUGACAGAGAAUCAAUAGACAAAUGGUGUAAAUGAGAAAAAGACAACCUAAUAAACAAACAAUAGAUACAGUAAUACAUACUGUAUAUACAGUUUACACAUAAUAAACAUACAGCAAACAGUAUUGAUUACUUAUUGUAAGGGACAGUUAUUUCCUGAGUAAACGCUUGUCUUUUAAGUAUUAAACAGUUUUUUUACUAUUUAAUUGACUUAUUGUAAUAAAGUGAUGUAAAAUACAGAGAGGAGGAAACUGUUAUCAUAGGUGGAGACCUGAAACUACACACAUAAACAUCACAUAAAUAAACCUGAGAUAAAUGUCUUACAAAGUCUUUUAUGGAAACCACAGGAACCACACAGAAAAAAAGAUCAUGUGGAGGGAACUGAUUUAAUCUGAGUUCUCUGAAUUACCCUCCAUUCACACACUACUCUUUCUUGCUCUCCAAGGUUUUUAUUUUUUUAUUUUAUUUAUUUUUUUUUCAUGUUUUUGAACUAAUACAGUUGAUGAAGCAGCUCGUUUUCCUUCUGCCUGGAGGUCACCAUUUCGAUUUAAUUCAUUCUCCAAGCAGAGUAUAAAUGAAAGCAGCUGCACAUCCGUGGUGUCCACAGCUGUCUAUGUACAUGUCCACAAGUGAGUAUAACUGAGGCUUCACACACUCCCAUAACAUGUUGGAUUUUAAACUAAACAUGGUGCAUAUUUACUGGCCCACAGGAGAGGCCAGUCCAGGCAGGAAUGAUCACUAAGUAGUGGCAACAGGUCAAAAAAUCUGCUGUUUGUCAUCCCUGCCACCCAUUCACAAGAGCUUGAUGCAAGAACAAACCAGUCAAAGUUACCCAGGUGUUUGUAAGAAAGAGGGAUGAGUUCUUUUUGUGUUCAAACCUGGUGUCUGUUUUUGUUGUGGGAUUCUGACGAGGCUCAGUUCAAAAGAGAACUCUUGUAAAUAGUUCAUAUAAACUGAGAAAGGUGGAACUGUUGGUAUAAUACACUGUAAUGAACUGAAA